AUGAACAGCCCCGUCGACGAAAAGUUUCCUUACCAUGUAGAGGACCGACUGAGCGUUGAUGACAAGACAUCCGAGGACCACUCCUCCUCCUCAUCGUCCCUUUCGUCCAGACGGAGACUACCACUCGGAUGGAAGCUCUUGAUGAUUGUACUGACCUGCCUAUGUACCUUUGGGAACCACUGGUCAAAUGGUUUAAUUGUGGCACUCAAAACGACGAUCAUCAAGGAGACGCACAUUAAUAAUUCAGAAUUCGCUACCCUGGUCGCGAUCACGAAUCUGAUUAAUACGUUUUUGUGCAUCGGGUUUGGCUACUGCAUAGACAAGUGGGGUGGCGCACCGUUAUCCGUCAUUUUCGCCGGCUUUCACCUCGCCGGCUCACUUGUAAUGGCUGGCGCGUCGACGAAUAACCUCAACAGCUACGCCCUCCUCAUUGUCGGCAAAGUCAUCGCCGCGAUUGGCGACGGUUCUUUGGACAACGCCCAGCACCGCAUAUUCUCGACAUACUUCGCACCUGGCAGAGGAUUUGCCUUUUCAAUCGGGACAAUCUGGGGCAUAGCUAACCUGGCGCAGUUCACCGGUCAAUCCACUGCGAACAUUGUUACCACAAAACUAGGCUCCUAUUCAUACGCACUGUGGAUCGGUGCAGCAAUUGCCAUGUUCUCCUUCAUCUGUGCUGCCGCCGUCGUCUUCCUUGAUCGAUAUCUCCGCGCAAACUAUGCGGUGACUGAUCAGACGAGCGGAAAGCGACACACAGGGCAGACAAGACGUGCUGCAUUCAACUUUCGCGCGAUGCGUAACCUCCCACUCACCUUCUGGAUUGUCGUUGCGUUCUCCGCGUUUGAAAACGCGGGGGUGCAGUCGUUCGUGUCUAUCUCGACGCAAUUCGCACAGCAGCGUCUGCAGCAGGGCGCAGUCAUUGGUGGAUGGGUUUCAAGUUUCUACCUGCUACUUCCCGCAUGUUUGACACCCUUCUUGGGGAUCUACAUUGAUGCAUUCGGCCAGCGAAUCGGCUUCCUCUUCUUGUCCGCUCUAACCUUCCUCGUGUCCAUGAUACUGCUGAGGUUCUCCCACACAGUUCCUCCUUUCAUCACGGCAUAUGUGUUCUAUGCGCUAUCGCAGGCGCGUGACGUCCGUCUGAAUCAGAGUGUCACGCCAGCUCCGCAAGUCGAGAUCGUACGGAACAUUAUUCCGAAUCCGCAGGAUUAUGCGACAGGCUUCGCAAUCAAGAAAUCUGUCGUGCAAGCGUCAAUAGUGAUUAUCACAACGGCGGCCGGGAAAAUGCAGGAUGACUCUCCCAACAAUUCACUUGAACCCGCAGUAUCCUUGUGGCUUGCAUACGCGCUAAUCUCUGUUGUGAUCUCUGGCGGGCUGCUCUUCGUGUCAUAUUUCAUGCCCACUCUCCUUCCUGCUGCACGUCUCUCACAAGUAUCGCCAAGGGUUCUCUCCGCAGAGGUUGAGUGUCUAUGCGAGAAGAUAGGCCUUGUUGUACCGAAGGACGAAGUGGGCGAGGUAAGCGAGGUCAAAGAGAAAGAAAAACGAUUGAAGGCACCCGAGCCGAACAAGGCAUGGUUAAGGUGGACAUGUCUCGGGGCAGGUGCCGCUAUUAUCAUCAUAGGCUGGAUAUUGUUCGGCGUCGGCAUAGCAUGGGGUGUUCAUGCUAAUGUUGUAGCAGGCACGGUUGGCGAUUAG